UAGUUUGCAGUGAAGAUGUUUUGAAAAUCAAAUAUACAUAACUACGUUCGAUUUUAUUGACCAGCUCGCCGGUAUGUAAACAACGAAGCUCUUACCUGCAGCGUUGUGGCCUGUCGGACUGGCUGAUCGCCGCUGUGGCUGUUACAAGGUGUAUCCAGUUCCACUUGACGUCGCUUAUCAUACGCGGCAAACAUUUGUAUGCAAACUAUUAUCCAGAAGACACCGAAGUGCACAGUUUGCCACAAGAUACAAGAAAUACUGUAUGCGCUUAGAGAGACAUUUGCCAGCUUCUUCCCCAAAAUGUGUCCUACGGUGUUGUUUUUUCAAAGAAACUAAAGUCAAACUACACUUAUAACACAGAUAAUGCCCGUGUUGAUUGAGAUGUGCAUUUAUGGCUUGCAACAAGAGAUCACACUGGGGGAGAAAAUCAACACUAAUCACCGACAGCCUACACAGACUGGUAAUAAAAACCCAUGGUGUGAUUGAACUGGGAGAUGUGUGACAGUCUCACAUAAUGGCAGUUAACCCGUACCAUGGGUACAGGUGUGUGGCGACAGUGAUUUGAAGAAAAUAUGCGCCUCGCGCGGAGGUUGCGUUCUACGUCUUACAUUGCAGCGCUCUGUCUACUUCUGUCGUGUACUUGGCUUACAGUCUUUAUUACACAGAACAUGUUCGGGUCAUCGAAAACGUAUUAUCCGCGUCUGCAGCCAGACAAGGUUAGAGAAGAUAGGCUUACUGCGACUAUGUCGUCUGUGAAAGACCGUCUGAACGAAAUCGGUGAUAGUGGCAAGAACAGAACAGGCAAACACAAGGUGACGUCUGGCAGUUUUGAUCUUGAACACGUACUUUUGACAAAAGAAAAGAAUAACCCGACAACAGAAACGUUGUCGCCUGCUGCUGGAGGCGCCCCUACAAAACACAGUUAUGCAGAUCAACAAGUAGCCAAUAUGUUAACUGAGCUUACAAAGAGAAACGAGAAGUUUUUAGUGAUAAAAAAACAAGACUCCUAUUUAAAGUUCUUAAGAAAUGACAGAAAACUGAAAAAGAGAAAAGGUUUUGGAUUACCCGUGUAUAGGAAUUAUAAAGGGUAUUCAAACUGGGAGAAGUUCCACAUGGGGAUAGACCAGUACGCGUUGUAUGACCCGGCAGAUCCAGCCAUAGGGGGACUUCUUCGUGAUUUGAGCACACUUCCCAUAGUCGAUGUCGAGCAAAAGAAAGGUGGUACUCAACUUAAACUUAUAUUUAUAUUCAACGACGAAGGUCAUGCACUCUUUAAACCGAUGAGAUUUUCACGAGAAACAGAAACCCUGAUAAACCAUUUUUAUUUCUCUGACUUCGAAAGACAUACAGCGGAAAUAGCUGCCUUUCACCUUGACAGACUGCUGGGGUUCUACAGAAUUCCACCGACUGCAGGUCGAGUAGUGAACAUAACUCAUGAUAUCAAGAGACUGGCAACUAAUAAGUUAGCCAAAACAUUCUUCAUAUCCCCAGCUAACAACAUUUGCUUUCAUGGCACUUGUUCGUAUUACUGUGAUACUAACCACGCGAUAUGUGGGAAUCCGGAUACGAUUGAAGGAUCCUUUGCUGCAUUCCUUCCGCCUUCCAGGAUAGUUCCUCGGCAAACUUGGCGGAACCCUUGGAGCCGCUCCUAUAGCAAACACCGCAAAGCAUACUGGGAAGUGUAUGACGACCUGUGCGAAAAGAUUAGAUACAAACCACUUUACAGCAGUGGCCGUAGAUUGCUUGACAUCAUGGAUAUGCAUAUAUUUGACUUUCUGACAGGCAAUUUGGAUCGACACCAUUAUGAAACCAUAGAGGUCUAUGGUAACAACACAUUUCUUCUUCAUUUUGACAAUGGAAGAGGGUUUGGACGACAGAUGCACGACGAGAUGUCCAUUUUGGCUCCCAUAACGCAAUGCUGCUUAAUUCGACAUUCCACGUUUGUGAAACUGGGCAAACUGUACAGUGGUCCUGAUAAACUGAGCGACAUGAUGAGGACGUCUUUGUCAGCAGACGACCUAACACCAAUUCUUACCGACCUCCAUCUUAAAGCGUUGGACAGGAGAGUUAACAAGAUACUCGUAGUGAUUGUCGGCUGUUUGCAAACCAAGAACUACACUGAUGUCAUUGUGGAUGACCAUCUGUAGACGUUUUCAUGCUGUUUGUCACUUGUCCUAUUGUAUUAUGGUGCUGUAUGGUGUCGUGUGGUGGUGUGUGUAUCACAGUAUAAUGUGUUUUCAUGUUUUCAUGUAUGGAUAAUGUGUAUAGACGUAUGUGUCCGUCCGUCCGUCCGUGCGUGUAUGAAUGUGAAUAACGAAUACGAUGCCCAGGGAAUAUUUGACGUAAUUUGUGGAAUGCCUGCUAUAUAAUUAUUCUUGUUAAACACCCAUAGCAAACCACGCAUAGAUUAGAAGGCAUUAUGACGUUUGUUCCGAAAAUAGAAUGGGAGUUGCGAGGCCCAAUUCUUAUUUUUGAAGAAACGUCUUAAUGCCUUCUUAUUCAUAUCUCUAUUUAGACGACAUACCAUUUGUGCAUUGCCUCACAUGGGCGAAUCAACGAACAUGACAUUGUUACACAAGUUGCAGACUACAGGUUUUUGCGGGCCAAUCGUGUUGUGUAUUUUUUUAUCACGUGUCUCAUCAUUAAGAAUGGCUUCUCGGUUGGUUCUUCUCGAUUAAUACGCUCAGAAUGCAAGUCUAAUUGGCUGAAAUGAUUGGGCAACAAUACGUUGCUUUCUAAAUUUACCCACAAUGUUGUGAAGAGCACUACGAUUGAAAAGUGUAAAUUCGGGCAGCAUGACUCAUCGCCUACCCUCCGAAAUAACCUGUGCCAUUGUUUUAGCAUUAAUUAUAAUUUAUAUUUAUCAUUUAUUCCCAACUCCAUCAUGUCCAAAAUCAUGUCCGAAUACAAAAUAUGAAUGAUUACAGUUUAAAACAAAUACACUUACAUUAAGAAUGAUUAAACCUUAUAAUAUAUAGUCAGUUAUUGUUUCAUAGUUCAUCAUCAUUUUGAUUAAAACCGAGCAAAGUCAAACUAGUAUUAGCCAAAAGUCGAAAGUUUUUUUCUUUCUUUCUUUUGCUUUCCCCCCACUCUCGUACAUGUACACGUGUUUUUCCCCGAAUCGUUCAGUUCACAUAACGGUUACUAAAUUCCCUUCAUCAUGAAAGAUAAAUAGAUUAUGACAUAGUUUCUUAGACUAAAGGUACCCGCCGGUAAUAAAACACUUUUGAUGUCGUAUGUAAGAUGUAUGUUUAUAAUCAGACCACUAUUGUCCAGAAGACAUGUCGACUGAAUGGUACAAUCUUAUAUAAUAUCGGCCUCUGGUUAGUUCCGUGGACAACACUAUUCGACUGUAAAGCCAGUUCAAUAGGCACCUGGUUAGUUCCAUGGACAACCCUAUUCAACUCUGUAAAGCCUGAUCAAUCGGUCUCUGGUUAGUCUCGUGGAGAACACUAUUCGACUCUAUAAAGCCUGUUCAAUUGGCCUCUGGUUAGUUCCGUCGACAAAACCAUUCAACUGUAAAGCCUGUUCAAUCAACCUCUGGUUAGUUCCGUCGACAAAACCAUUCGACUGUAAAGCCUGUUCAAUCAACCUCUGAUUAGUUCCGUCGACAACGCAAUUCGACUGUAAAGCCUGUUCAAUCGGCCUCUGGUUAGUUCCGUGGACAACACCAUUCGACCGUAAAGCCUGUUCAAUCAACCUCUGGUUAGUUCCGUGAACAACGCUAUUCGACUGUAAAGCCUGUUCAAUCAACCUCUGGUUAGUUCCGUGGACAACGCUAUUCGACUGUAAAGCCUGUUCAAUCAACCUCUGGUUAGUUCCGUGGACAACACCAUUCGACUGUAAAGCCUGUUCAGUCAGCCUCUGGUUAGUUCCGUGAACAACGCGAUUCGACUGUAAAGCCUGUUCAAUCAGCCUCUGGUUAGUUCCGUGAACAACGCUAUUCGACUGUAAAACCUGUUCAAUCGGCCUCUGGUUAGUUCAGAACAGAACAGAACAGAACUUUAUUACACUCAGGCCGUUAUGUAACGGCGUAAGAGGAACAUACAUAUUCUGAUUUUGACAAGAUGGUUAACAGGAGGAUACAAAUAAUAGGAAUACAUUGCUUGGUACAUAUAUGAAUACAAAUACAAAUACAUAACAUUACAUUACAUUAUAAAAAUAUGUGUAUUAAUAAUAUAAAUACAUGAUAUUACAUUAUAGAGAUAUGUGUAUUAACCAUAUAGAUGCAUUCUGCGAUGUAACAAAGUAGAGGUAUAUUGUAAAAUAUAAUUAUUCAUAAAAUUUCAGUUACAACUGUGUACUUUAUAAUUAUUGGUAUUACAAUAUAUAGGUAUAAAUAAAAUAAAAUAAAUAAUAAUAAUAAUAAAAAUUAAAUUUUAAUAAAAUAACAAUAAGACAUAAAAUAAUGUAAUACGAUUUAAAAUAUAUCAAGUAUAGUUCUAUGUUGACCUUUAGUUUCAUUAAUUGGUUAAUGUAUGGUAAUUUUGGUUGUUGUUGGGUAUUGUUGUUGUUAUGGGCGUUUAAAUACUUGAAAAAUUAUAUUCAUGAAUUUGGCUAAUGUUUUUUAGUGUGCUUAUUCUGUUACUGCUCAUAAGUUCUCUAAAUUUAUAUAUAUUUGGUCGUAUAUAAUAAUAUGGACGUUAACAUUCUUUCCGGGUAUUGUUGAAAAAACUACAUACAAAUAAAUAAUGAAAUUCGUCUUCUAUGUCGUUUUCAUCACAAAUAGUACAAAGUCUAUCUUCUAAUAGAACUGUAUUCCAACGUCCAGUCUCAACAGGUAAAUAAUGGUUAGAAGUCCUAAAUUUUAUCAUAACAGUCCAUAACAUUCCGUGGACAACGCUAUUCGACGCUGUAAAGCCUGUUCCCCAUAAAAUCAGCAACAUGCUGCAAAACGCCGCAGCUCGAUGCAGUAAUGAAACGAAUGUAUUGCCGAGCUGUCUUGUUGAGACAUAUAUAUAUAUAUAUAUAUAUAUAUAUAUAUAUAUAUAUAUAUAUAUGUAUAUAUAUAUAGUGUAUAUUAUUUUUAUAAUGAGUUUUAUGGUGUGUAAUGUUUGUUAAGAUAGCUGUGUAUGAACUAUAUCAUCGCCGGUGUCACCGGUAUUGUUUUCUGUGAAAUGCUUUAACAAUAUUGCUAAUUUAUAAAUGUAAAUCAAAUUAACAAAUUUCUACAUUU